UUUUCUCUUUCUGCUUCUUCCCCAAGUAUAUACCCCACCCCCACCCCCACCCUGCCAGGCCAGGCCACUCGACGGAGAAUUAGUCUGUUCAGAACUUUUGAAUCGGACUGUUUCUUGAGAAUUGGAAGUUCUUGUAUUUCUGUGGUGGCUGGGCCUACCGUCUUCUCGGUGAAAUGUUCUCAGCAGGACAAAGGUGAAAGGUGCUGGUAGUACUAGAUAGCUCUGCCAGAUAUUUGCGUCCUUCCACUAGUGUUGGUACAAAUUCUGCCCACCAUGACUUAGGUUGUUUGCACAUAUUUUCUCUCGAUGUGCUGAGAAUGGUUUGAAUUGUAAGAUACUGCAAAAUGCGAUGUGAAUUAGAGAACAAGCAAAAUAUAGACAUGAUUGUAGAGCCUUCGGCAAAGAAGCAGAAUGGAAGUGAUUCUAAAGAACUUGAAGCUAGUCAUGUAAAUUGUGCUAGCAACUAUGAAGACCAUACCUCCUUGGCUGAACAAGUAAAGGAGGAACCCCAUGGCAUUGAGGACGAUGAUAUUGAUAUAAUAGAAUGUACAGAUCCUGCUGAUAAUGUGCUGGUGCAAUCAGAUAAAGAGGAGUUGACAGAAAGUUCAAGUUCUUUUGGGAGUAUUUUUUCUGAUUCAGAGUAUUGCACAACUAUGAAUGAUAUCGAGUGUACAUCAGAAUACAGCGGUGAUGCUACAUCAGAACUGGCAUUUAGUGGAUUUGGUGACAUAUUUAGGAUGACGAGGAAAAAGGUGACACCUCAUUGGAGAGACUUUAUUCAACCUAUUAGGCAGCGAUGCAAGUUGAUUGAAUUGAAACUUCAUCUGCUUCAGUCUCAAAGUCGGAAGUAUGAGAAACAAAUGCGGGAUGAGAACCACCAGAUGAAGCUUCAAAUUGGAAGUGUUCCAUUGGAAGAUUUAGGUUCAAAGUCACUUCCAUUCUCUUGUAAUAGUUUAAGAGAUAAUGUUGUGAAGAGAAAGAAGAGAAGAAGAACUGAAGAUACAUUGGAUAUAGCAGCUUAUAUGUCUCAUCAUCCCUUGUUCUCUUUCUUUGAAAAAAGAAAUUCAAGUGCUGAUGGUUCUUUUCUGGAUAACGAGUUGGACAUUAUAGCCAUCUGCUCUGACAAGAUCAAUGCUGAUGAUGACUUGCACCAACAUCCUGCUGAUGGUGAUGCUUCCCUGGAAAAAAUACUCCACAAAAUUGGGGUUCUUCAGUCACAAGUUAUCCAGCUUAAAACUAGACUUGACAAGGUAACAAGUGAGAAUGGGAUGUUCUCCAGCACAGGUGACUUGAAUUCGCUUCUACCAUGUAAUGUUUUGGGCAGCUCUGCUCGAAGUUCUGCCCUUCUUCAAGACAAUCGGGGCAAAAUGCCAGCGGGAUCACAUGAUGUUGUAUCACAGUUGAUAUCUGAGUAUAAUAUGGUUAUGCCUCCUGACAAUGCAGCUGCAAGACAUGGACAGGCAGUGAACGUCCCUGAUGUGAUUGAAAGCACAGAUUGUUCCUUACUUAUGGGUACAAACACCAAUUCUGAAGAUGGCGUUCUAAUCUACAAUGAAAAAAUGAAGGAAGAGAUGAGUAACUUUGAGGAAUUCAAGAUCCAGUCUGCAGAAAAUCAUCGGGUUUUAAAAAACGAGACCAUCCCAGCUAGUGUUCCAGAUCCUGAUCCAGUCGAUGAUCAACCAGCUCCGAAAAUACGCUCUAUUUCCCAGCUUUCUGCUCCUAAGAACAAGAAGAAGAAGGCUCGACGGAGAGGUGGUCGGAAUUACUGAUCUUCAUCUCAACUCUCCUUCUCUUUUGGAACUCAAAACAACUUGUAUUUACUCAAUUUCAAUCAUGUCAAUAUGGUACGUUUAUUUUAUUGAGUAUAUAUUCUAGUCGACAAAUAGCAUGAUUGAGUGCAGUUAGUUUACUUUCAUACAGUAACAUCUUCAUUUGCUUAUUUCUUCGGAUUA